GUUUGGAGUGGGCAACAUCAUAGUGGCUUGUCAGCUAACCGCUACUAUACACCCGUGAGGGUUUUCUCCGCCAGGCACCAGUUACACGCUGCACGGCAAUGGCGCACGACGUACCAUUGACAAUUCACCACGUUACAAUUGUUUAUAACAAUUCACCUGGAGUAAGAAAAUUCGAGGCGUCACGUGGUGUCGUUAUCAUUUGAGUGACAGGGACUGUAGACAGCGCUAUCGAUAUCAGAAACUAUUCAGUUGCAGUUCACCAGUGUUAUUGUUGUUAUUGUUUUCACCUAGUGAUUGAUAUUUCAUCGCUUCUGGCUAACAACCGGUUGUGAAUCCACAUUGUGAUACAAUAUGGCGUCAACAGAUCUGUCUUCGGGCUCAAUACCACCUUUCUAUCGUGAACUCCAUGAGAAGAUCUGUUCACCAACUAGUGGAAAUGUUGAGCGUGAGGUCUUCAAAUCGUUGCUUGUCAAGUCACAGCUGAGCAGUCCCAUUCUCAGUCAGAUAUGGGAGCUCGUAGACAGCAAAACCGGAUAUUUAAGUAGAAGUGGACUGUACAAAGGCCUGGCCCUAGUAGCAUUCGCCCAGCAGGGCAAGCAACCUAGUGACAAACUCCUCGAAAAUGUUGAAUCCCAAGAACUUCCAGUGCCUUCUCUCGGUGAUUUAUCGGAGGUUGUACUACUCGCUCAAAGACUCUACCGUGGAACCAAUCCUGCCAAGUUAAAUCUAACAUACACCGAUAUAUGUAAAUUGGACAGUAUUGAAGUGAAUAUUGUACCAGAGAGAAAGGGAAUAUUUUUGAAACAUGUGGAAUACCAAGUCACCAGUAAAGCUUUCAAUUCAAUUGUUCAUAGGCGUUAUAAUGACUUUGUGUCUCUACAUGAACUACUGCAAGCGAGAUUCCCUUACAGGCUAAUACCAAAGCUACCACCUAAGAAAAUUGUUGGAGCGGAUUCUCAAUUUCUCGAGGAAAGACGACGUUCCCUCCUCCGUUUCCUGGUCCAAAUAGCCCGACAUCCAAUAAUUCGCAAAGACCCAAUAGUUCAAUUUUUCUUCACAUACACGGGUGAAGAGACUCAGCACAAAAUUCGCGAAGUCUUUAGACGAGUUCCGGACGAAUUUGCCACGUCUGAGCUGUCCUCAAGAGCUAAGGAAUUGGUACCUCCUGAAACCCUAACCGAAUUCGCCAACAGUCGUGAUCAGAUACGUGUGAUACUGUCUGGAAUAUCGAGGCUCAAGAAUAUUGCUGACUGUCUGGCAAUAAGAUCACACACGUGUGCGGUUGACAUGGCGGAAUUAGGAACACAAUUGAGUAAUUUAGCUUCGGAGCCGCAUGGUAAUAGUGGAUGGGCCAGUGGUGGCUCGACUAUAUGGCAAGACAUGAAGAAGGGCUUUCACGUUAUCGCAAAGGAAUUCAAUUUACUGUCGAGCCGAGCACUCCAGCAAGCAGUAAGAGAGGAGAGCAUGAUCUGCGAGAGAUUGAAUCUACUGUUGGAUGUGUUGGUGGCACAUAGAACACUCUGUGAAAGGCACGAGAGAGGGGUCAGUGCUGAUCAUCAACGGGCACUAUCUUCCAUGCUUGCUCUGAAGAAGAGACAGAUGCAGGGGGUGAUUCGAGGCACUGACGCGGACACUGUUGAGUACCUUGAGAAUAAAAUGGUAGCUCAGGAGUCGGUGAUAGCGAAUGUGGAAUUAAGAAACUGUUUCUCACUUCAUUGUCUCCACAUGGAGACACAGCUCGUCCAUGCACACUUGGAAAUACUUGCUACAGUGCUGCAGAGCCUUGUGAAAGUGCAAAUUAGAGGUCACAGUGAGAUGGCAGAGGUAUGGCAGCUGAUAGAACCAACAAUAAUGAAAUGUCUUCCCGAAAAAUCAUCAGUGGGUAGCAAUGGCGUUGAGAGUAGUGAAGCGGGAUUCAUGUGACAUAUUUCUCCAUUAAAAAAAACUAUUCAGAUCUUCCGAGUUUUAGAGGACGCGAGCUGAAUCAAUUUCAAAGGAAAAUAAAUACUCAACUAAAAAUGGAAAAAACUAGUGAUAAUGGCAUAAUGCUGCUAAAGUGAGAGCGAGGACAAUAAUUCAAUCCGUGAGUUAUGUGUUAUGGUAACUGGACCGAUCUGCGCAUAAUUUAAAUGACCCGUUUGUGCGUCAUUACUGAAGACGAGUUGAUGAGAUGAUGAGACUGUUCUCUGCAAUAGAACUGUGCGCUUUGUCAAAUGAUUCAUAAUAGUUUUAUGGUUCAAUUCUAUGGGCCUAUGCACUGCAUUCCUUUCGCAUUUUUUUAAUUCAAUCGUGAAGCAUCGAAAUUUAUCUGUCUCCUGAUGUGAUAAUCGAUAUUCGACUUUGAUUUUAAUGAAGCCACUCGUUGUACUUAAUAUAUAGUUUAUGCAUAAUAAGUGUAAUGGGUUAUUCACAUGAUUUGUAUAUAAUUGAGGAUUUGUAUAUAUCGAAAAAUUGUUGAUGGAUGACUUUUUAUGAGGAUUGGCACUCUUAUGUGUUUUAUGAUGUUUGAACGAAUAAAUCAUGGCUCAAUGUUU